UCCAGAUGGAAUCUUGAUGGAAGUGAACUAACCCUCUCAUAUCUAUUGAUGAUGUUUUUCUAUUUUUCCAGGACACACCAUGGAGAAACCCUCAAAGGAUCGUCUCACUUUAUCUCCAGGUUGUAAAAUGGAAGAUGAGGACAUCACAGGAGAUUGUGGAGGAGAAAAGACAAUGAGCUCCACUAUGGAGGGCGGAGCUCACAGUGUGGAUAGACCAUGGAAUCCCUCUGAAUUAAGUGUUCCUGCACAUCAGGGAUCUCACGCGGCUGAGGAGACACAUUCCAGUCCUGAGUAUGGGGAAUCUCUUGUACGGGAAUAUGAUAGCGUACAUCAGAAACUGCAUGCGGGUGAGUUACUACAUUCCUGUCCUGAGUGCGGCAAAAGUUUUCUCUAUAAAUCGGCACUGGUCAGACAUCAGAGAUCUCACACGGAGGAGAAGCCGUAUUCCUGUACUGAGUGCGGGAAAUCUUUUUCAUACAAGUCCAAUCUUACUGCACAUCAGAGAUACCACACGGGAGAGAAACCAUAUUCCUGUAUCGAGUGCGGAAAAUGUUUUACAGAGAAAUCACUACUUGUAAAACAUGAAAGAGUUCACACAGGAGAGAGAAGAUAUUCCUGCCUUGAGUGCGGGAAAUGUUUUGUGUGGAAAUCGGAGCUAGCUGUACAUCAGAGGUCUCACACUGGUGAGAAGCCGUAUUCCUGCCCUGAGUGCGGGAAAUGCUAUCGACAGAAACCAAACCUUGUCAUACAUCAGAGGUCUCACACAGCAGAGAAGCCGUAUUCCUGUCCUGAGUGCGGGAAAUGUUACAAGCGGAAAUCGGUGCUUGUUGAACAUCAGAGGUUACACACCGGGGAGAAGCCGUUCUGCUGCUCUGAGUGCGGGCAAGGUUACCCACGGAAAUCAGAACUCAUCAUCCAUCAGAGGUCUCACACGGCGGAGAAGCCGUAUUCCUGCUCCGUGUGCGGGAAAUGUUAUAAACGCAAAUCGGUACUUGACGAACAUCAGAGGUCCCACACGGGGGAGAAGCCGUACUGCUGCGCAGAGUGCGGGAAAUGUUAUCAGCAGAAAUCACAGCUUGUCAUACAUCAAAGGUCUCACACAGGGGAGAAGCCGUAUUCAUGUCUUGAGUGCGGGACACAUUAUCAACGGAAAUCACAGCUUGUCACUCAUCAGAGAUUGCACACUGGGGAGAAGCCGUAUUCAUGUCCUGAGUGCGGGAAAUGUUUUUUACAGAAAUCCAGUCUUACCAGACAUCAGAGGUCCCACACAGCCCUCGGGGCGUAUUAGCAUCCUUGUACACACAACCCUCAAGGCAUAUUAGCGUCCUGCAUGCACAACCUUCAAGGUGUAUUAAAGUUCAGGACAUGUUUUCUAUAUGAAUUAUAUUUUACUUCACAUCAGGGAUCUCAUACGCCUCCAUCUAUGUCCCUCAAAUGAAGAAUAUCAGCAGGAAUGUUAACAACCCAGUCUUGUACAGAGUAGAGCAGUGUUUCUGUAGCACCAACUCAUAAGUCAUGGUUUCUCACCAAAAUAUCAAUCCUUCUGUAGGCUUUUUGUUUGCCAGCCUACUGGUAUUUCUGUACUUGGCUAUAGUUUAUCUAAUUUAUGCUGUAUCCCCAUUAGUGUAUUUGUAUUGCAUGGAUAUCCAUAUCAACUGUCACAACCUUCCACCUUCUCUUCUUUUUUCAUCCUCUGUCAAUGUCUGCCACCACCUUCUCUAUUAACCCCAUUGUCCUCUUCUCCAGCCAUUUUAAUUUUACAUUCGUCCAUCCAAGAACCCUCAUCCUCCACAUCACAGACCCCGUUCGAUUUAUCUUGCUUAAACCCUUUUGAAUCACAUCUCAUGCCGCAUACACACCAUCACUUUAUGUGA